AUGUGGAAAUGGAUACUGACACAUUGUGCCUCAGCCUUUCCCCACCUGCCGAGCUGCUGUUGCUGCUUCUUGUUGCUCUUCUUGGUGUCUUCCGUCCCUGUCACCUGCCAAGCUCCUGGUCAGGACAUGGUGUCACCGGAGGCCACCAACUCCUCUUCCUCCUCCUCCUCCUCUUCCUCCUCCUCCUCCUCGUCCUCCUCCUUGUCCUCUCCUUCCAGUGCGGGGAGGCAUGUGCGGAGCUACAAUCACCUCCAAGGAGAUGUCCGCUGGAGAAAGCUGUUCUCCUUCACCAAGUACUUUCUCAAGAUUGAGAAGAAUGGAAAGGUCAGCGGUACCAAGAAAGAAAACUGUCCGUACAGUAUCCUAGAGAUAACAUCAGUGGAAAUCGGAGUUGUUGCCGUCAAAGCCAUUAACAGCAACUAUUACUUAGCCAUGAACAAGAAGGGGAAACUCUAUGGCUCAAAAGAAUUUAACAACGACUGUAAGCUGAAAGAGAGGAUAGAGGAAAAUGGAUACAACACCUAUGCAUCCUUUAACUGGCAGCACAAUGGCAGGCAAAUGUAUGUAGCAUUGAAUGGAAAAGGAGCUCCCAGGAGAGGACAAAAAACACGAAGGAAAAACACCUCUGCUCAUUUCCUCCCAAUGGUGGUCCACUCAUAG